AUGCGAGGGUCAAAAAAAGCGUGUGUCUUCCCGGGCACACAGGACGACACGACUUGUCCAGCAUGUGACAAGCCGCUCAAGACCAGUCAAGGGCUUAUGGCACACCUGUCGACGGCGCGAUCAUGCCUUUGGUACCGCAAGGGCAAGAACAGAGUUCCCGUUGAGCACAACAUACCAGAAGUUACCGAGACCGCCGAGUGCAAUGUGUCCGGCACCGACGACGCAAUGGAUGAGGACGAACCAUAUGAAGACUUCCAUACCUUCCUAGACCACGGCAAUCUCUUCCACUUUGAGCUCCCAGCAGAGGCCGAGGUCAUGGAGGAGCAAGCUGGCAAUGACAGCGGCCCAUCCUUAGAAGACGUUGACACGACAGCCGGCCGAGUGAUACGAAUGGAGCCGCGGAUUGUGGACACUUGGAAGGCGUUCUUUGCGGAGGACUCGGCAACGGAAGGGAGCGCCGACUCAGAGGAGGAUCGGAUGGAUGUCGACAGCGAGGAGGGUGAGGGAGGAUGUGCACAGGAACGAGACCCGAACGGUCGAUGGAAACCGUUUGCCUCGGAGCUCGACUGGCGCGUGGCGAACUGGAUAAUCAGGGAGGAUGUGGGACAAGGAUCGUUAAAUCGCUUCCUCAGCAUACCAGGGGUCGUGGAGAAAUUAGGACUUACAUUCAAGGAUGUCCGUGAGCUAUUCAUCAAAGUAGACGCCCUUCCCGACCGCGCUGCAUGGAAAACCACGUCUCUGACGUUUCCGGAUCGUAUUGAUGAAGAGCACUUGGUGCGUUACAGGGACAUCCUUGAAGCGAUCAAGGCCCUUCUCGGAAAUCCAGCACAUGCCAAAGACAUCGUGUAUCGGCCGCGACGCGUGUUCGCCGACCGAUCGAGAACGAAGAGAAUCUACUCCGAAAUGUGGACAGGUUUAUGGUGGAACGCGGUACAGGUACAGUGA